CGUGAAUGCAUGCAUGUACGCUUGAAUGAGAGACUCGAGGCAUUGCGCGUUUACUCCCGUUCCUUGCGCUCUAGCCAUUGGGCAUAUGUUUACGAAAUUAUUUGUUUCUGCCGCUAACCAACCAGCAGUGAUGAAAUGAACCGGUUCGGCGAAUACAAUCCUGCAACGCUGUUAACGCAUCUCACGAUGCCAUCCGACGACGUGCUUCGUAAUUUUUAGUUCGUAACUGCGACUGGCAGCGGGCGAAUGCGCUUGUGGUGCGCGACCUUAACUCAAUUUCCUGGCUCCGGUGCUACUCGGAGCUAACAACAAGCGGCGUGCGUUGCUCCUGCUCAGGCGGCGUGACAAUUGUCAAGAGAGCUGACCAGCGUCGCAUCAUGCGAAAGUCCGUUGCCAAGAGCUGUACUGCACCGAGUGGCUGCAUCUCUCCUCCCGACUGAAAUUGACGCCCCACGCAAGCCGUGGUGUUCCCUCCCGUCAGUUAGCUCUUUCCCUGCUAACAUGGAGCUCCGCCCUCUCAAGUAUCUCAUGGUCGCCGUGUUUUUCGUCUUCACGGCGACUCUGGUGUUUCUGCCACUCAGUCUCUCGGACAGAAUUCGUCAAGUACGAGACCCAAGACGGAGACACACCUAUCAGAUAGUUGUCUCGCUCACAAGCUGCUUUGGCGGUGGCGUUUUCCUUGCUACAUGCCUACUUCACCUGCUUCCUGAGGCACGCAGCCAGUUUAGUAAAGGCAUUGCAGACUAUUGGGAAAAUGCACCCGACUUUCCGUUUGUUGAGUUCCUCUGCAUCGGAGGCCUGCUGCUUGUCCUUGUAAUUGAGCAGGUGACACUCUUUUGGAAGGAGGUUCAUGCAAGGCUCACUUACUCUGCCCUAUCUCCGUUUGGCCGGGACACAUCUGUGGUGAACUAUGGCAGCCUCCAGCAGUCAGACUCGCAUGGCGACGGACUUGUGCGCGGUGUGGCUGAUGACGUGGAAGACGCAGAGGCAGAGGAGCGUACUAUGGAAUCUAUCCAUGGAGACCCCAACUCCCACUCCAGCCUCCGGUCCAUAGUGCUGGUGAUAUCCCUCUCAAUGCACUCGAUUUUCGAAGGCAUUGCCAUUGGCCUUCAGCCAAGUGUGCAGCUGCUGCUCCAGAUCCUGGCUGCCGUAUCCAUACACAAGAGCAUCUUGGCCAUCACCCUAGGACUGAACUUGGCGCACAGCCGGCUCGGACACUGCAGCAUUGUUGCGAGUGCACUUGCCUUUUCACUCAUGGCCCCCCUUGGCAUGGUGUUAGCCACACUGCUCAUUCAAGGUGAUACUGGGGAAGCGGCCCUGUUGAAUGGCAUACUUCAAGGCUUGGCGUGUGGGACAUUCCUUUAUGUGACCUUCUUUGAGGUGCUGCCUCACGAAAUGAGCCACACGCAUAACAGGCUACCAAAAGUGCUGUGCAUGGUCUUGGGUGUUGGUGCCAUCACCAUGUUGCUCUUGUCUCUUCCUCACUGAUAACAUGUCUUCAUAUAUUUUGCUUACCUAUUGCCAGUAAUGCUUGUGCUUGCUAAGGCUGUGCCUCUUGUUGCUCGGCUCAUUGUAAGCAGCAGUGAUUUAUUCUGUUGUGUUGUUUAGACCAAACCUACGCAGUGCAUUUAAAAGUGCUGUUUCUAUUGCUGGUACUAUUCAUUGUGAAUGGCCCUGACCUAUUGCUAAAUGAGUGAGUUAUACUAUAAACAAAAUAUUUGAACUGAUGUCAGCUAAUAUAUAUGCAACAUAAACACAGUGAAGUAAGUGGAGCAGAAACGAAUUCUGUACUCUUCAGUGUGCAGCUCUAUUCCAAGUUCAGCAAUACGAUUGCCUAUGAAUUCAUAUCUUCAUUUGAAUAUUCAGAUGCCAUGCACAUACGUCUUAAUAAUAUGAAUAUAUAUAAUCAGCAAAAAGCAUUUAUUGCCACCCUGGAUGUCUGUUAUAGUCACCAUAGCACAAUACUUUUUUACAGUUUUUGCCUACCUAGGCUUUAUGUGCCGGUAGCUUUAAAUAUAGCUUAAUUUGUGAGAAAUGGCCAUUUCGAACAAAAAAGUGUUGAUUUUCCUUCUCUAUUUUCUCUCAAUUUUUAACCAGAUAUUGUGCAUAAUAUCUUCAUAUAUCAAAGUCUUGUAGAAGUUCUACUAAUUGUUAGAUUAUACCUCUGCUUUCAAUCCACACCAGUACCAUUUGAAUUGAGGGUUGAUGGAGCGCAUUCGUAUGUAUAGCCCAGUUCUGGCAUACAUGACGUACAAGCGCAGCUGUGUUACAUUACUGUGUUGAUGUUUACGUUCUGUUAUCCUGUACAACUUCUAGCUGCGAGGCUGUGCACAAGCUUAAUUGCAAAAAAAAGGAUGCCCCCAUCUUUCCAGCCAAAUUACUGAAAGCAAGCUUGAAGUUUUAAGCAAACUUUGUAAAUAUGGGUAUGCAAGGAUUUAUUGUGUAUGUUCUCUCUGCUGUGAUAUAUAAUACUGGUGAAGUGCUAUUAGGUAUUAUCACCCCCCAGUGCCCAGUGUUUUUUUUUUACAAUGUGAGGAAUGUGUAAUUAAUGACGUUCAUAAACUGCUAUUUUUUUUUUAUUCUGUUAUGGCCACACAUAAUGCCUGAAUGAAUCCAAAACAGGACUGCUGAAGCUAGUUGUUGGUUUAUUCUCAUGAUGGAUUUCUUCCCUGCACCUUUUGAUGUACUAGUGAUUGAACAUGGUGCUGCAACCAUGUGGAAUUCACUUGUUGGUGUGACAAGAGCUCCCACUGCUUUUUGGGCUUGCCUGUAAUGCUGCAGGGUGUCAGCUGGUGCAACUAGUCAGCCACAGAACGUCACAACCUGAAGGAAUUUUACUUGCAUUCUGUAUGUAGGAAGGAACUUUGUACAGUAGUCAUGGUGUAGGUUGCCUCAACAGCUUUCAUGCAGCUGUGCUUCUCCAAUUUAAUUAACAUUCCAUAUGUUGAACAUGCAAGAUUAGCUGGUUUGUGUCGAUAAAACAGAACAAAAUCGACACUGCCACUUCAUGCAACUGUUUUAAUAGAGGAACUGACGAAAUCUGGUACCUUAACUUUAAACGUGGUUUAGUCCUAUCGCACAUGCAGUUAGAUUGCCUGAACAGAUUUAAAAGUGCACAUGAUGACAUAGUUUCUGGGUUUUCUUCACGUUUUAUCAUUGCCUGUCCUAUCACUAAGCAGGACAAGUCUACGUUAAAACUUGGAAGAGGCUUAAGUUGUUCCACAGGCACAGGUGCUUAUGGCAGUGCUUGUUCAGGACAAUUGUGAGUUCUUUGCAACUUUUGAGUGUUGCCCUUGCAAUUGCCAACAUAACAAGCGAAUCUCACCAGCACAGUUGCAAUGUGUGAGCUUUGAUGGCAUCUGCAGCUCAUUGUUAAAUUAUCUCAGAGUUGCUUUUUUAGUCAAUCAUGCUUUCAAACUGCUUCAAGCAUGAUAUUGUUUAUAAUGUUGAAUAUGGUAUGUGCCUCUUACAAUUUAUGGGCAUUGUUGUAUAAGUGAGUAAACUGCUGUUUUCUUUUUCUUUUUA